UUACGGUUUUGUAUUUUUCCCAGUUUCGGCGAUGGCGCGUUGACACCAACCCUUCGACGUUGGCGACAAUCACAGUCGAUCGAUUCGGCUCCGUCUCGCUCGUCGCUGCAGACCGCGUCCCCGUGCUCGUCGCCAGUGCCGUAGGACCGUAACGACAUAGAACGCGCGAUCGACGAGUUGGUUUUCGGGACUCGCUGAACGACGGCGGCGUCCAUGAUAAGAGCGCCGAGUUGAUGUGCGCGCGUUGAACGUGACCGUUAACGUUUUAUCAUUAUUUUUUUUUUCUGUGCCUUGGCUACUGUUUUUUUUCCAUGCUUCUCUAUUACCCGUUCGUUUCCGUCGUUUCGCCAUCCGUCGGCACCUCGUGAUUAGCCACCGCGCAUUCGUCCGUCGACUCGCGUCUCGCGCUCCGGUGUUUAACAGGCGUCAAACGGACAGCGAUCCAAGAAACCGACAUCACCAUCUCCACUUCGAUACCAUGUCCGACAUAGAAUCAAAAAUGAAGUGUAAUUAUGACAACCUUUUAUUAUCUAAUAUGAAACAUAAAAGCAUUGAAGAGGGCCUAAUGGAUAAGUCAAGUGAUGUGUAUCAGAGAAUUGCCUGGUAUAAACUAAAAACAACUAUUUACGUUUUAAUAAAUAAGGUCAACGCAGUUAAUAUUGGAACUGUGAGAAAAGAGUUAUUAAAACUAAAUAUUCUGCGAGGAAAAGGUAUAUUUUGUCAAUUUAUUACUCAAGCUCAAAUAGCAUCUAUUAAAGAUACUCAUGUUUAUGCUACUUUGGUCGCUGUUAUCAAUUAUGUAUUUCCGAUUAUAGGAGAAUUACUGUUGACUAAAUGUAUUAUGCAGUUUAAAAUUGCAUAUGAUAACAAAAAUUCUCAGUGUUUAGCAUCAGUAAUAUUUAUUGCUCAUUUGAUUAAUCAUAGUGUAGCUGAUGAAAUGCUAGCCAUUGAGUUGUUAACAUUGCUUGAUGAAUCAUCAACAGAAAUUACAAUUGAAAUAGCUAUUGUUAUUUUGGAAAUAUGUGGCAAGAAAUUGAAUGAAAUUUAUGGAAAAAAAAUGAAUGGUGUUUUUGAUAAACUUAAUUAUAUUUUGUAUAAUGAAAAUAUUGAUGAAAGGAUUCAAAACAGAAUUAAAUUAAUAUUACAAUUAAAAAAUAAUGGAUUCAAGGUUAAACAGAUUGACUUAGUACCAGCUGCUGAUUAUCAAAUCACCCAUUAUUUAACUUUAGAAGCUACAACUGAUCCAAAAAAUAUAAUAGAUUAUUACCACUAUGAUUCUGAAUAUGAGUUGCAUGAAAAAGAAUAUAAAUUAGCAGUAAAGAAGACAGAAGAAUCUGAGAGUGAAGAUGAUUGUGAUUAUAAAUUUGAUUUCAAUUCUCAUGAAAAUUAUCUGAGUAAAAAAAAAGAAAUAACAUUCGUUCAAGAGGUAAAACCUGAAAAAAAGACAAAUACAAGUAUAAUAUGUUUAAGCAAAACUAUAGGGUAUAAUGAAUGUGCUCAAAUGAUGAAGAAUGAUCAAGAAAUUGAAAUGCGCCUUAUAUUUUUUUACUGUUGUCAUGAGCAAAUAUUUAAAGAGGAUUUCAUACUUAAACCACAACUUUUUUGCCAAACAAACAAAGGACUUUCUCAAAUAAUAACUCAGAGUCAACGCUAUUUAACUUGCCAAAAUAUUGAUACAAAUAAAUUACAAAAUUGUUUGAAAAUGUUUGCUCAACUUCUGUUUUCUGGUUCAAUGUCAUGGAAAAUGUUAUUAGUAAUGCAUGAAAAUGAAGAUGAAACAACUUCUUCCUUUAGAAGUUACAUUAAAUCAUUGUUCCUAAAAUUAGGUGAACAUAAUUUAAGAUAUGAUAACUCAAAUUUGAGCAUUCAAGAUUCGAACAAAUAGAAAAAAAGAAUAAAUCAAAUCCAAUAAUUUAACUAUUCUUCUAUUAUACUGAAAAGUGAAGUUAUCGACACCUAAUGAUUUGUAUAAUUUAAUGUUUUUCAAAUUGAUGUAAGUUUUUAUUUAAUUGUCUGUGUGCUAUUAAGUGUUAAACCUAUUUAAACUAUUCUUUUGU